AGGCGGCAGCGCCAUGUCGCGCCAUGUCGAGCGGGCCACGCUGCUGCGCUCAGCAUCCAUGUACACUGAAAUACAGAGGGAACGGCCAGACACUGGGAAUAUCCUGACUCACCCAGACUACAUAGAUGGAAACCCAGAUCUUAUCAAGCCUAAAAAACUCCUAAAUCCCGUAAAAGCCUCCAAGAGUCACCAGGAGCUGCACAGAGAGCUGCUGAUGAACCACAAGAGAGGCCUGGGAGUGGAGAGCAAGCCAGAGCUGCAGAGGGUCCUUGAGCACCGGCGGCGAAACCAGCUCAUCAGACAGAAGAAGGAAGAGGAAGAGGCGAAGAAAUUGCAGUCACCUUUCGAAAAAGAGUUAUUAAAGAGGCACCAGAGGCUGGAUCAGCUGGAGAAAGAACAAGAGAAGCAGGAAGACCAUGCACCAGAAUUCAUCAAAGUCAAAGAAAACCUGAGGAGGACAUCGACAGUGAGUGGGGAGGAGAAAGCAGCAUAGCUCCUGCCAAAACGCAAAAGGGAUCGUCCCAAGGACGGCACUAACACCCACUGGCAUCGUGUACCCGGUCAGCGCUCACAGCCACAUCUUUGGGGCUAUUUCCUGUUAUUAAUGCUUGCUCCAGUAGAAUGCAUAAAAAAGGUUUUCCCAUCCCAGGAAGGUAUCAUAAUGGAACAAGUGCAGUAUUCGCUAGAAGUACUCACAGGAGAAGCUGCGGAGAGAAAUGAGGUCCCUUUUCCCCCAGACUGUGGGUGGAUACUAACCUCCAGCUAACUCUUGGUUGACCCUUGGGACACAGUGAAUGUUUAAGCCCGAGAAGCCUGUGGAGGGUUGAGUAUUGUCACAUCAGCCCAGAGGCAGGCUCGCUGAGCACGGGGUAGCAGGAAGGCUGCUGCAGCCCUGGGCAGCUCAUGGAAGCCUUUGCAUGACAACCAAGAGGGACAAUCUGCUUAUUACUGAGAACAAACACGGUGACCACAACGGCUUUUCCAUGAGUUACAGGUAUUGUACCACUAUGCAAGUCAACCUCACGGAUAUUGUGCAUCUGAGCAGCACAGCUCUACUAUUAAACUGUUAGAAAAAUCAACCUCUGCGUCCCCACAGACAUCCAGCACAGGCAGAAAGGUGCAACGGUUCAUCAGGAGCAUCAAACUGCAUUUCAAACCUGUUUGAAUAAGCAAUUUAGCCUGUUCCAUGAGCAGGUAGAAAAUACACUGGACUAUUCCACGAAUGCUCCAAGUAGGAGGAAACUGCUACGGGCAGCAAACAAAGGCUGGGGGUGUUUUCAGUACUCAUGGUGCUGGCUCAGCAACCAGCAGCAGAUAGGGAAGGUCAGAGCAGCAGAGAGGUGAAACUGCCUCUUGCCCCUGGACUACUGAGUUUCAGCCCCUCACCCAGCAGUUGGACACGUUGCAACCUCAGCAACGCAGGGGAAAACACUCAGUGGCCGAGAGGUGGCAAUGUCACCCUGCUGUCCUGUAACCUCUGUGCCCAGCCUGCAGCACAGCUGCCACCUGGACCCAUAGAUACUGCUGCAAAUCAGGGCUGACAGGGCUUCUCUUCUCCCUUCCCUGAGGUCAGAACUGCUUCAUUUCAGUCGCCACUUUGCAAAGCUGAAGUUCUCCUGGCUGCUAGCAGAAGAAAGCUGGGAGAGAUGGUGCCUUUGCACCGCUUAUGGUCAGCGCCUACCAUAUUUAUGGGGUACCUGAGUAGAAAAUCUUCAAAACUGCUGGACUCUUUCUUCAAAAGCACCUGUGCCUUGAGGGUGCCCUCAUCUAGAGCUAAAAUGUCUCCUUCAGGAAUAGCUCAUCUUCCUGCUUCUCACCUCAGCCCUCAUAUAAAGCCUAGACAGUGUACUCACCAACUGCCUUUGAAAAGUGGUUCUUGAACAGUGAAACUCAAUGGACUCAGCCAGCUGGGAAGGCAAUACCUGAUCAAACAAUAUCCACUAUCCACAUCUGCAGGGGAUCCAUCUAUGAAUAAAGGGAAACUGGGCAUUUAACACAUCUUUGUUAAUUAAGAACUUAUUAGUCUACUCCCUAGUUUUCUCCAGUCCAGCAGGGUAUUUCAUCUUUGAUUCACUCUUGCUCAACCUGUCAACUUGAGGAAAACAUGAGUUACUCCACCACAUGUCAAGUGGGUGAUGCAGCUACGUAGCUACUAGGAUGGUCUGAGAUUACAGGAGCCCUUAGCCCGAUCUUAGAUCUCAAGAGUUCCACCUUAUAGCACUAACUCCAUGGUAAUUUUUAGCCCCACACUCAUCACGCUUAAUCUAAACAAGUUUUUGUUUCAGAAAUCCAGUGCACGCAGUCACUACGGGUCAAUCAAGAUCUGAACGGAGCAAUUACGCCCUUUCCAACUGUGUGGCUUUUCAGGUAGCUUAAGAGCCCACAUGGAAGCAGCAGAGGGAAGGGGGGAUGCCAAAUUUCUCCAAGAGAAAAAGGUGAUGCUAAAAAUGCCUUUAUAUGGUUGUAGAGAGCAUUAUACGAUAUCCUAUAAAUAUCAUCAAUUUAAAUAAUAGACCAGAACUUACUGAGCUGGGCUUUUGUGAGGGGUACAGAGUAAAUGAUUUUCAUCAAAGAGCUCAGAACAACAACGAAGCCCUAGAACCUAUAGUUUUGCCACAGAUUAAAUCAACCCCAGAACAGAACAAUGUUAGUCACCGCUGAAAUCAGUGUUGGAUAGGACCAUUUAUGCAAGUUCGUGGGUGCAAAGCCAUUCCAAAAUGCCU